UUGUUCAACUCAACUAUUUGGACCACUUGAUAAAUUAAAAAGGCCUGCUUUAUGGUCUCAAGCUUUUAUAAUUUGUGGUUAUUCCCAAGUUAGGUGCUUGGUUUUGACUGGAAUUUGAUCCAAUCUUUGAUGGGUUCUGUUGGGUUUUGCUUGAAAGUUAUCAUUGGACUCUGAGAAGGUUGAAUUUGGUCGCUUUCAGUUAUGUAUUUGGUUCAAAUCUUUGAUUAGUUUCUGAUUUCAAACUUGAAUGGUUUCAAAGGAUGACCGUUCGAUUGUGGCUGCUCCGAGACUAUUACUGGUUCUAAGCUCAAUCUUCUCAUCAGGUGAACUGCGAUAUAUUAAGUUAGUACAUCAAGUUUUUUGGUGAUAGUAUUGACUGUGCUGCUUUAUGGAAUUUUAGCAUUAGGUUGUUGUUGCAAGUGUUUACUGUUUAGUUGGAGAAUAUAGAGCAUUGUCUUGUAUGGUUUUGAGAGAUUAUAGUUUGACGCAGUGGUUGAGAGGAUAGAGAGAGUUGUAAUAUAGAGGAGCAAAUGGAGCAAAUGGAGGGACAGAGCUGGAGGGAACUGGUGAAGAAUAUGCUCCCGCCAGGUGCUUCUCUCCCUGAUGAUGCUUCUGAUCUUGAUUACUCCAUUGCUAUGGAGUAUGAGGGCCCUCCUGUCGGUUAUGAUGUGCCUAGGGUUGAACCUGUUGAUGUUAACUCAUGUGCAAUCCCAACUGCAGAACCGCUAUCUGAAUCACAAAGAUUGGUUAUCAAUAUGGGUCCACCGGUUAUUGAACCAAUUCCUCUGCCGGUGUCUCGUAUUGCUGGAGUCACAAGUUCCCCUACUCAAAGUCCAAGGGUAUCAGGAAGCUCAGAAUCUGUAGUGUCGGUCUUGCAAAACCCUGACUUUUCUUCAGCAUCACCUUCAGCCUCUCCAGGCUCAGUUCAUAAUCCUUCAAGUGUUCCACCCAAACAAGUUACUAAUGAAGUGAAGCGAGCUCCAGUGGUCACUUUCAAUACUGUUGAUAGGUCUCAGAAAGAUGUUGAUGUAGAGAAGCCAGUUUUUACACCUUAUGUUCCUGUUCCAAAGGACAAGAAGAAGAAGAAAAGUAGAGUUUGUUACCGGUGCCGAAAAGGAAAGUGGGAAACCAAAGAGUCGUGCCUGGUUUGUGAUGCCAAGUAUUGCAGCAAUUGUGUGCUUAGGGCCAUGGGUUCAAUGCCUGAAGGGCGUAAGUGUGUGACAUGCAUCAGUCAGCCAAUUGAUGAAUCAAAGCGGCUGAAAUUGGGUAAACAGUCGAGGGUACUGUCCAGAUUGCUCAGUCCCUUGGAAGUCAAGCAGAUAAUGAAAGCAGAGAAAGAAUGUGCUGCCAAUCAGCUACGGCCAGAGCAGCUGAUCGUAAAUGGUGUUCCGUUAAAACCCGAAGAGAUGGCCGAAUUACUUGGAUGCCCUUUACCUCCGCGAAAGUUGAAACCUGGUAGAUAUUGGUAUGACAAAGAAUCUGGUCUCUGGGGAAAGGAGGGAGAAAAACCAGAUAGAAUCAUAAGUUCAAAUUUAAAUUUUACUGGGAAACUUAGCUCUGAAGCAAGCAACGGAAACACUGAAGUUUAUAUCAAUGGUCGAGAAAUUACAAAACUUGAGUUGAGGGUGCUUAAGGUGGCAAAUGUCCAAUGUCCACGUGACACCCAUUUUUGGGUCUAUGAUGAUGGUCGUUAUGAGGAAGAAGGUCAGAACAAUAUCAGGGGCAACAUUUGGGAGAAGGCUACAACUCGGUUCGUCUGUAGCCUGUUCUCUUUACCCGUGCUGCAUGGUCAACCUCAUGGAACAAGAGAUGAGGCCAGCAAUUAUACCACCAUCCCAAAUUAUUUGGAGCAGAAAAAAACUCAGAAGCUUCUUCUUCUUGGCCUUCCAGGGUCUGGAACAAGCACUAUCUUCAAGCAGGCGAAGUUCUUGUAUGGGAACAAGUUUACUGCAGAAGAGGUGCAGGAUAUAAAGUUGAUGAUCCAAAGUAAUAUGUACAAAUAUCUAAGCAUUCUGCUUGAUGGAAGGGAGCGUUUUGAAGAGGAGGCUUUGGCUAGGAUGGGUGCACAUGGUUCCAAUGAUCAAACCAAAGCAACAGGUAGUGAGGUUGAUAGUGAUGAAACUAGCCAAUGUAUCUACUCCAUCAACCCAAGAUUGAAGCAUUUCUCUGACUGGCUUCUGGACAUCAUUGCUACUGGAGAUUUAGAUGCAUUUUUCCCUGCUGCAACACGCGAAUAUGCUCCAUUAGUUGAAGAGGUGUGGAAGGAUCCUGCUAUUCAGGAAACAUAUAAAAGAAAAGAUGAGCUUCACUUCCUCCCAGAGGUUGCAGAAUACUUUUUAAGCCAGGCUGUUGAGGUAUCUAGCAAUGAGUAUGAACCUUCAGAACGAGACAUUCUAUAUGCAGAAGGGGUCACUCAAGGAAAUGGCUUGGCUUUCAUAGAAUUCUCUCUUGAUGAUCGAAGUCCGAUGUCUGAAACCUAUACAGAAAAUCUGGAUGCUCCGCCACCGCCACUAACCAAAUACCAACUCAUAAGAGUUAAUGCCAAGGGGAUGAAUGAAGGGUGUAAGUGGGUGGAAAUGUUUGAAGAUGUGCGUGUGGUGGUGUUUUGUGUCGCUCUUAGUGAUUAUGAUCAGGUGUGGAUUUCCCCAGACAGUAGUGGGAGCGGAUCAUUGCUUCAAAAUAAGAUGAUACAAAGCAAGGAGCUAUUUGAGACUAUGGUCAGACACCCUUGCUUUAAAGAUACCCCUUUUGUUUUGGUACUAAACAAGUAUGAUCUCUUUGAGGACAAGGUCAAUCAGAUGCCUUUAAGUACUUGUGAAUGGUUCUAUGAUUUUAGUCCAGUGAAGCCUCACCACAAUAACCAGUCGCUGGCCCAGCAAGCUUACUUCUAUGUUGCAAUGAAGUUCAAAGACCUUUAUGCUUCCAUCACUGGUCGAAAACUUUUUGUGUGGCAGGCUCGGGCAAGGGACCGAGUGACAGUCGAUGAGGGAUUCAAGUACAUAAGGGAGGUUCUCAGGUGGGAUGAGGAGAAGGAGGCGACUUACUACGGCGGACCAGAGGAUUCAUUUUACAGUACAGAUAUGAGCUCCUCGCCAUAUGUCAGGCAGGAGUAAUGUACCAGAAAGAUCAUAUUUGUAUUUGUUUUACGAUUAAAUGUAAGAUUGCGUCUACAUGAGGAAAUAAGAUUCUGUAAUUUAUUUCUGUAAACAAAUUGCAUUAAUAUAUUAAAAGGGGCUGUUCAAGUUGGUUUUUGAAUUGAGCACGCAAUAAGGUAAUGCCCAAAGC